ACCAUGAACAGCAGUUUGAUGGGCGUUGCCAUGACAACCAGUCAACAUGUCCAGAGGAGAGACGCGUCGUGAAAACAAAGAGCAGCCUCAAGUAGAGGAUGAUACUCUACUACAGAAAGAGGAAGCUGUGUUCCUCCUCCAGUGGGAAGCGGCAACUCACCAACAGAUCCAACAGCUGCUGGAGGCGACCAGAGAUGAACUUGAGCUUGAAAUGAAGGAGAUUCUGGGCCUCAGGAACCAUCACAUCUGUAUGAAGGAAGCUGCCCUGCUGGAUUACUAUGUCUGUGGUUUCUGGUGGGCGAAGGCGGCCAAGUACACCCCCAUGCAGACCUCCUUCACCAUGGCUGUACUGCACAUGCUGCUGGAUAACAUAAGAGAGAAACAGAUGGUUUUGACGGAGAACUUGAUGGAGUUUGCUAAAGCCUUAGGUGCUGCCAGCCAGUGCUGGACGUCAGAGGAAAACACCUCUCCACUUCUAGGCAGAGAAGAAGCCAUGGCACUCAUAAGUUACAUCAGAAACAGUCUGUUUCAGAAAUACAGACUCUAUGAGCUUCUCUUCACCACAUCCAGAGAGGAGCUACUGACGGGCAUGGAGAGGACCAUUGAGGUGUUCAGCUGUCAGGAUGCUCUCACUCCAUUGGAGGAAGGCAUUUCCUCUCACCUCGACUUUCAGUGAAUGCUUCUGCCUGCUAUCCAGAGAGAUGAACAGGUGACGUCAUAUUUGUCCUCAGUUUCGCUUUGUUUCUGUACUUGUCAUACAAUCCAUGUUAUCAGACUGCCUCACAUGGAUAAUUGUUAUUCAGACUUUGUAUGGGUCAAGUGGUAUGUAACAAUGACACAGAAGGUUACACCUGGUUAGGGCUUAACCUUUCCUCCUCUUCUUUUCUCCAUUUUCUUCCUUGCGCACCUGAAAGCUUGGACCUUUUCAUUAUGAUGAAAUAAAAUGUGAAAAUACUAGA